UUUCCUGGAGGCUCCCGGAAGCCGCCUUCACAGCUAUUACCAUCGUCCUGCGUUCCCUUUGAUGCCAAUAAAGAUCCUGUUGGCAGGCUGAUAAAUGCAGAAGGGUCCAGCGAUUGGGCUACUUCUGAUAUUAGAGUUCACCCCCCCGUUAUCGAGGAGGAUUCUAUUUAUGUUCCUCCACGAACGUGUCGAUCCUCUUCACCUUGCAGCACAUGUAAUACAGUUUCUGUGACAAAUCUGAUUGCACACACGCAACCGGCUUACUCAUCUUCGUCUGAAGUCCUUGUCUGCAAUAUCAAGCAAAAUUUAAUUGGUUAUAACUCGGCAUCAUCAUACACAGAAUAUUCGCCUUCUGGCGAGACAGUUCUACCAUUUGCACCUAUUUCUACUAGCCCUAGACAUAUAUGCUAUUCUGCAGCUCAGGCUCCUAGAUCCCAUCAACCUAGUCCCUUUCCCCUGAACGACUAUUCAAAUUCAGCAAUUCGUUUAAAGACAACCGCCAGAUCGAAUGUGGCCUUCGUCGAAUCUCCUGAAUCAAAUAUAAACGGUGGCAAUGACAAACAGCAAACGACUGGGAAAUUACAAGAAUGUUGGGAAGAAAUUAGUCAACCUCGAGUUAUCUCUGUCUUUAAUGUGCAGAAACUUGAUAGGCCUACUCACACACCAUAUGAACUGAUUGUACCAACUGGCGAUGCAUAUAGUGAACUAGAAGGCACACCUCUGUCAGGAAAAAGUUUUCUUUUAGCUAAGCAGGAUCAUUUAAGUCUCCUACCGAAUAGCAAAGAAGAAACUGUGAACAGGGAUAAUAUAUCAGAAAAUCAAAAAUUUAUCGAGUCGAAGACAGGACAUGUAGAGACACAGAUACCGGCAGCUCGAAAGUUGGAUUUUUCUGCAAAAGAAGUGGACCAUCCUUGUGAAUUAUGGACCGGAGUUUCAAAGUAA